CACAAUAAUACUUCAUCAUGAUAUUAAUUAUUGCAGAAAUUUUGCAACGUUGCAGUAGGAUAAGACCAUGAACCUGCGGAGUCACCGUCUCGAGCUGACAACACACACCGGCAAUCAGGUUGUCGAGUGCGUUGAGGCCAUCUUCCACACGAUCUUCAUAAACCGGGCAGUAGGCAAACUGAGCUACAAAACGGAGUCAACCUUCCGGGAGGCAUGCCAGCGCUUCGAGGACGUAGACUGCGACUUUGUGGAUCUCAGCUACGCGCGCCUCGAGUCCCCGAGGCUGGCCGAGACGGUCAGGACAGCGAGCACCAGUUUCGCUGACGAGUUAUACUCGGCGCAGGAUGAGGCGAAAUCGACGGAAACGAUCACAGGGGAGAUCAGUUUGGAGUUUCUGCAAAAGAGGCCCGUCGUGGGCAUGAUGAGUCUCUUCCGGACCAACGUGCCCGUCGUUUGGGAACGGUGGAGCGUCAACGUCGGUCUCAGCCUUGCGUCCAGGUCUUGUGGCCAACAAGCGAUUCUACGGGAAAACGUCAGCGACGCUCUUUGCGAGCGCCUGAUCGCGGUAUCCCGGCUCACCUGCUCGGACGACUGCUAUCUGCCCAAGAUGCCCAAGAGGGACGAGGUUCACUUGGUUUUCGAUGCGAGUUUUGGCGACUAUCUGUAUCCGUAUCUCUUCAAAAUCAGCCAUGGGAUCGAUUCGCCUCUGGCAAUGCGGCUAAGGAUUUUGCGGCCCAAUUGA